AUGAAGCUCACUCUGCGCCGCUACUCCUGGGUGCUCAUGCUGCAGUUGCUCCUUUUGGGAGUGGACCUAACCCUCAACUCGUUUGGACCGGCGCUGGCCAGGAACCGACUGCAAACAGCCAUAUGUUUUUUUGUCACCCAGGACGCCCUGAUCAUUGCGGAGUACCUGCUCUUCACCCUUGCACUGCACUCCACCUGUGUGUACCAGGUGGGUGCCUCCCACAUAAUCCUGCGGAACUGCAAGCUCUUCAUGGCCAGCACCACCAUUUACUUUCUGCUGUCUGCGUCUCAGCACUUCUGGAUCAUCUCCCAGCACCGCCAGCCACCCGCCAAUGACGGUCAGCAGUGGCCAUUGGGUCUGAUUGCCUUGUCAGUGGCUCAGCGCAUUGUGUCGGUUUUCUAUUACUACAGCUCCAAGUCGACGGCUCUCACCAUGGCGGAUCCCCGCUUCAAGGAGGAACAUCUGGACUGGAUAGCAGAGCAGCUGGGCGAUAAGUAG